AUGUACAAGAUUAAGAUGGUGGUUAACAAUGUACGCGAGCCUCCACUUGCAGAGAAAAGUUGGGAAAAGCUUAGCGAGACUUCAGAUGUUCUGUUCUCAAUCGCCCGGGCCCAAUAUGAUGGGGUUCCUAUGCGGAAUCCUCCCUGCUUGUCCGGCCUCCGCUGCAGCACGAUCUUUAUGUAUAUGUUGGCCAAAUACACAUCGCGAUGGCCAUUUUACAGAGUGGCUGCAAUGCUUUGUAAUCCCCGGCACUGGAGCCUGGUCAAUGAGGUCGUGAACCCAAGCAAAGACCGCAAACUCACUGAGAUUGCUUCCCGCCACGGGAUUGAUCAAACGGACUUUGAGCGAGUAAGCCGCCAGCUCAGGCGGCUUUGGCCUCUAUUUUUAUGA